AUGCCCAAGAUAGCCGUCGUCUCGGCGUCCUGUAUGACCCCACCACCAUCUAUCUACCUCUGCACGUCCAUAUCUAGCACCACGCGCUCGCUAGCCAGCUUACCUGCCCGCACAGCCGAACCAGCGCGCGCCAUGGCCGGCAUUGCUCCCGCCCUGGCCGGAUGCCUCCUCCUCUUCGUCGCCGUGCAGCUCGCGGCAGGCGCCUCCCCAGCCAGCGCCACGGCGGAGACCCCGGCCGCCUCACCGGCGAAGUCUUUGCCGUCGGCCGUCCUGUCGAAGGCGUCCGGGGCGGCGCACGGCGUGAUCGGGACGCUCGAGGCCGGCGCCGCCGGGACCCUCGGGCUGAUCAAGGGCACGCUGGGCGCUAAGGGCAAGGUCCAUGCCGGCGCGCCCGCCAUGGCCCCUGGUGCCGGCCGCGCCCGGAAGCACGGCGGGCAUGCCAUGGGCCCCGCCGCGGGUUCCCCAGAACACGGCGCGGGCGGCCGCGUGGAGGCCCCGGAGUACGGCGAGGCGGCCGCCAUGGGACCCGACGCCGCCGCCGGCGCUCCUGACGCCGGGCCCGGGCACAAGGCUUUCGUCAUGGAAAUAGGCGCCUCCUCUCCUGGCGAGGAGGCAGUCGAGGAGGGUCCCGCGGGCGCCCCCGGCGCCGAGGCCGAGGCCGAGGCCGAGUCCAAGGCCACGGCCCCUUCCGCUUCCGAGGCGGAAGGGCCGGACGCCGCCUCGCCGGAUGCGGGAGGUUCCGGUGAAGCGGAAACCUUCCCGCCCGACGCGCCCAUCGCCGGGGAGGCCCCCAUGGCCAAGGUCACCCCCUCCUCCGAUAACAGCCAGCCGGCGACCGAGGCGUCGGCGGCAACAGCCAUCAGCGAGGGCCCCGCGGCAUCCGCUGAGGCCCCCGGUCCCGGGGCGGACGACGAGGCUAGCGGCGGAGCGAGCGUCGUCGCGUCCAGCCAUCUGAUCGGGGCCCUCGCGCUCUUCGCCAGCGUCGUGUCCGCCUUGGCUACUCUGUAA